AUGCCCCGCAUCCCCCCCCCCCUCCUCUGCACCAUUCACCCCUGCAUCGCGCUCCUCAAUCUCCCUCACCUCCCAUCCGCGAUGCUCUCCCGCGCCACGCUUCUCCGCCGCGCCGCAGCGCUCUCGCGCCGCGCGACCCCGCAGCGGCACUUUGCCGAGCAGGCCGUGGCCGUCGACGGCUCCAAGCUCAAGUUCAACUUCUUCCUCCCGCACGACGCGAUCAAGAGCAACGCCGAAGUCGUACGUCGCUCGCGCAGCUCCGAUCCGCGCUUUGUUUUUCCUCCUGCGUCGACGCCGUGCUGA